AUGAAACUUGCAUUGUUCGCACUGCUGGCGACCGGCUGCCUGAUAGCCGUGGCCAGAUCAGAAGAGGAAUACGACUAUGAAGAGGAAGCUGCGGCGCCGGUGACCCCAGUUGCACCUGCCAGACCGACCCCGGGUCGUCUGGGAGGGUUACUGUCUUCGAGAGGGCGAGUCCCAGCCGGUCGAAAAGGACCUGCGACCACGCAAUCGACCACGGCGAAGCCGGUCGAGCAGCCGGUGGAAGUGGAGGAGGAGGGCGAAGAAGAACUGGAUGAGAAUGCGGAACAACAGGAGGAGGUGCAAACCACUACCACGGAAUCGUCAAAGAUCGUUCGCGGUGGAAUCAGACCCUUCAGAUCGAAUCAGGAUCUACUGGCGGCAUUGAAGAGAAGGAGGGCUCAGGUGCCCAGCCAUCGAGACACGACCAGCCCGUCAUCGCCUGGUGAAUCGACCACACCGAAAGCCAAAGCUAGCACGAGUAAUCGCGCGAAGAGCAGCACCCCAACGGAUGCGAAGUCGGCGGGACGCAGCAGGUUCGGUGGAUCAAGGGGUAAGCAGGUGCAGGAAGAAGUGGAGGAGACCCAACGGGAGGAGGUCCAAGUGAAGGCGAAGCCUUACCGCAGAGGAUAG